AUGCAGCUGCAGACCAAGGAAUGGGAGGAUUGGCAGCCAUCAGCAGCAGCUGGGAAGAGUGCUCCUAAUGGACCCUAGCCCCCCUAGAAUCCAUCCAUGGUCCAGUGGAGUCACUGUAAAUAUUACAACAUGGACCAGAGGGGUCAGAAGCCUGGAGACCUGUACAAUCCUGACGGUAGUCCCCAUGCCAGCACACAGAUGAGCAGCAAGCCUGUCAUAUCUCCUACCCAGUCUCCAGCAUCUUCUCCUGUCACCAGCCUCAGCAGUGUCUGCACAGGACUCAGUCCCCUGCCCGUCCUUACACAGUUUCCCCAGCCCGGGGGUCCAGCACAGGGUGAUGGGCACUACUCCCUCUUGGGCCAGCCAUUACAGUACAAUCUGUCCAUCUUCCCUCCCUUGCUCUAUAGCCAGUCGACUUACACAGUGCACCAGGGACAGAGUGGACUGAAGCAUGGAAACCGGGGCAAGAGACAAGCACUCAAAUCUGCCUCCACUGAGCUGGGGACGGCAGACGUUGUCCUGGGGCGGGUGCUGGAGGUGACAGAUCUCCCUGAGGGCAUCACCCGUACUGAGGCGGACAAACUCUUCACGCAGCUUGCCAUGUCCGGCGCCAGGAUCCAGUGGCUCAAAGAUGCUCAGGGGCUGCCCGGUGGGGAUGGGGGUGACAACGGUGGGACUGCCGAGAAUGGCCGCUGCUCGGACCUCGCUGCCUUGUACACCAUCGUGCCUGUGUUCCCCACCCCCCUGGCUGCCCAAAAUGCCUCCCUUCGUCUCAACAACUCCGUGAGCUGCUUCAAACUUCGAAUGGCCAAAAAGAACUGUGACCUGAGGAUCCUGGAGCGAGCCAGCUCCCAGUAA